GCUGUUAGCUGAUACUGUUUAGAAACAAGAAAAUACUACAGCGUCGCCUGAGGGUCUGUAGUUGUCAGGGCUUAUAAUUUGCGCAUUGUCCAUUAUUCAGUUUAAUUUCGACUUUUAAUAAUUGGACUACAAACAGUGUUUACUUCAGAACUUUAAAAAUAUCGACUACUCAAAAUAUCUUAAAGCAGAAUGUCUGCCAAAGACCAGAUGAGAGCUAUGUUAGAUCAAUUAAUGGGAACGACGAGGGAUGGCGAGAGUUCUCGAUACAACGUUAAGUUUUCUGAUCCUAAGGUCUGCAAGAGUUUUCUACUUGGAUGCUGUCCUCAUGAGAUCCUUGCCUCAACUUACCACAUUACACCUCGAGUUGCCCUACUUUUAAUCAACAAAAAAGAUCAAUGGCUAGAAUUCCUGUCCCUAGUAAACAAAUUCACUGUUGGUAAAACAACACAAAAUGGCUAUAGUGUCCGUGCCAUUCCAACACAAGUGAAAAAGGGCGGUUGGCGGAUGGACAUAGGAGAAUGCGUGAACAUUCACGAUUUGGCUCUGCGAGCGGACUACGAAAAGGCCAGCGAAACCAAGGAUUAUGGCUAUCAAGUUGAUGCGAUGGAUCAUUUGACUACUUUUGUCGGUGAAUGUGACCGGAAGACGGAAGCAGCCAAAAAGCGGUUGGCUGAAACCCAAGAAGAACUGUCGGCUGAAGUGGCCGCCAAAGCGCAAAAGGUUCAUCUUUUAGCAGAACAGAUCGGCCAAAAGUUGGCAAAAGCGGAACAGUUGGGGGCUGAAGGGUUCGUGGAUGAAUCCAUGAAAAUGAUGGAAGAGGUCGAGGAAUUUCGCAAGAAAAAGGCCGCAGCUGAGCAAGAAUACCGGAAUGCUAUGCCAGCCUCUUCUUAUCAACAACAGAAACUGCGUGUCUGCGAAGUUUGUUCGGCCUACCUUGGCAUACAUGACAACGAUCGUCGUCUGGCAGAUCACUUUGGUGGCAAACUUCAUCUCGGCUUUAUUAAAAUCCGUGAGAAGUUGGCCGAACUUCAGGUUAAAGUGGAAGAGAGACGUCGUCAACGUCACAUUCAGCCUGUAGCUGAAGACAGAGAGAAACAAAGGGAACGUCAGCGUGAGCGUGAGAGGGAAGAUCGUGAAAGAGAGCGCGAAAGGGAAAGGGAACGAGACCGACGGAGAGAGAGGCGUCGUUCACGUGAUAGGUCACCGGAACGACCCCGUGACAGACGCAAUGAUGGUAGGAACCGUCCUCGUUCUCCUGUCUCACGCAACCACCGUCAACGCUCUUCCUCACGAGAUUCGGGCAUUCAUCCAGAAAAUUAUUAAAAACAAAAGCAAUCACGAUGUGUUUUGAAGAAUAAAAUCAUGAAGUCCAGCCCAUUGUCCAUCCUUUGUUUUUUGAAGUAAUACACCUGCAAUUUGA